GAAAUGGAGCAAGGGUAGGAACUGCUGAUAGACUGAGGGUUUACAGCAGCGGCUUUCAGCCUUUAGUUGUGUUGCUCUCUCCCCCCCCCCCCCCCCCGGAUAUCUUCUAGAAAGGCAGCGAAAUGUUUGCUUGGACUGUGCUGGCGCUCUCAACCGCGAUCGUCCUGCGAGCAGCGCAAUCCUACAAGCCGGUCAUUGUGGUGCACGGUUUGUUUGACAGCCCAGGGGAUUUCAAAUUGUUUCAAGGUUUCAUCAACGAGACACAUCCAGGUACCAAUGUGACUGUCAUUGACCUGUUUGAUCACACACAGAGCCUGAAGUCACUGUGGAGUCAGGUGGAUGGAUUCAAAGCAGCCAUCUAUCCCAUCAUGCAGAAUGCAGCGAAUGGGGUUCACAUGAUCUGUUACUCUCAAGGCGGUCUGAUCUGUCGAGGUAUCCUCUCUACAAUGCCAGACCACAAUGUGGACACCUUGAUAUCGCUGUCCUCUCCUCAGCUUGGCCAGUAUGGAGAUACCAAUUACCUGAAAUGGCUUUUUCCAAAUUAUGUGAAGUCCAAUCUCUACCACUUCUGUUACACACAAAUCGGGCAAUGUUUCUCCAUCUGUAAUUACUGGAAUGAUCCUCACCAUCACAAACUUUACCUCAACAGCAGCAACUACCUGGCCUUCCUCAAUAAUGAGAGGGAAAAUCCUAAUGCUACAGAAUGGAAGAAAAAUUUUCUGCGAAUCAAGAAGCUUGUUCUGAUUGGUGGACCAGACGACGGGGUCAUAACUCCAUGGCAGUCAAGUCAGUUUGGAUUUUACGAUGAGCACGAGACGGUGAUAGAUAUGAGACAACAGCUGGAGAGCCUCUAGCGUGGGAGAUGCAAUAUUUCUGCCCUUUUCACCAUCCAAGUUCUCUUCAAUGAAACUGAUUUGUUUUGCUUCUUUCAAGUUCGUAUAUUGAAGUAAUGUAGUCUGAAUGCACAUUGCCAAAUGCGGAACUCGUGUUUUCAGCAAGCCAACAUGAUCCUGAGCCUGGUCUAUGAACUCUACCUUUAAUAAAAACAAAAUGCUGGAGAAAUCCAGGUCUGGCAAUAUUUAUGGAAAGAAAAAGACUUAAAUGUUUCAGAACACGACUUCUCUUUGGUUUCUCCAGCACUUUUUAUUUCCAUUAUUUUACAUUUAGAUUUCCAUUAUCUUUGUUCUCAUCCCACAUUUCCUGUUUUUGACCACCUAUCAUUUUGCAAGGAAGAUGAACAAAAGAUCAAUGGACAGUACCUCUGUUUGAUGAGGCACUUUGCCAUCUUCCAGACUGGGUACCAAGUUCAGCAAUUUUAAAUAAUAAGUGCUGUCCCGAUUUUUUUUUUGCCAGUGCCAUUCAUGUAUCUGUGCUUCAUAUUUACAAUUCUUAUACGUGCAUCCUUUGUUUCUCUGCGUGACUCAUUACGAUCUUGUUUUGUCCUCCAUAAUCAACUUCUUGGCUACUUUAUCGCGUCUAUCCUAUUCUACACCUUUCAUUGUGAUCUUCUCCCUUCCUCCCAGUCACCCAGACCUUCCCUUUGCGCAAUCUUAAAAUCUGCUACAUCCUAACAACCGUGCAGUUCUGACAGUAGGCCACAGACUGGAAACGCUUACUUUUCUUUCUCCUUCCCCACCCACGCCCCGUGGAUGCUGCUUGACCUGCUUAGUAUUUGCAGCUUUUUCUGAUUUUUAUUUCGGAUGCCCAGUAUCUGCAAAAUUUUAAUUUUGCAGCAGAGCCAUCUGUUAGCUAUGAUCCCUCUUCAAUGAAACUUGGCCGCAGUACCGUUUGCUGCCAGCCGGUGGCGAUUCUGUACCACGUAUAACAUUGUUGUUCAGAAAUUUCAGCGCUUCCUGUUGUCCGUAGUACCGCUCACGACCAGGAGGUGGUGAUAUCGUGAUCAGAGAUAAUGGGAACUCCAGAUGCUGGAGAAUUCCAAGAUAAUAAAAUGUGAGGCUGGAUGAACACAGCAGGCCAAGCAGCAUCUCAGGAGCACAAAAGAUAUGGCACAGAUUUUUCUUCGUGGGCUCAAACUGUGGUAAUGGAACGGGGCCUACUGGAACUAUUCCAGUGGAAGUGGAGAGAAGGAGGCUGCCAGAGUACAGUUGUAAGUUUUUUUUAAAAAGACAAAGGUAUGGGUAUUUCACUUUUCUCUCAGAGCAGGGUCUGGAGCAGUUUCUUCCCGAAAUGGCGGUGCAGGCCAGGUCUUUGAAUUUCUUCAAGGCAGAGGUUAGAUUUUUGAUCGAUAACUAGGUCAAGGGUCAUGGGAAGCGGAAUUGAGUCAGAAACAGAUAAGCCAUGAUCAUAAUCAAAUGACAGAACAGGAUCAAAAGGGCUGAAUGACUUACUCCUGUUCCUAAGACUCCUGACCCCAUGCGACUAAUAGGUUAAAGUUUGGACAGAAUGGUCUUUAACAAAUCUUUGAAAACUUUUUGCAGAAGAAUAAUAGGGACAUAAGGUUGUGGAGCUGCCUCCAUGAUCUACCUUUACCCGUAACUUGCUCAUCCGCUUUCUGUCGUAUUCCAACAUUAUCCUAAACCAUGCAUCUGGUGCCUGAGGAACACUGAGCCCAGACAGUUCCACGCUUCCAGCACCUCUCUGACAAACGCAACCCCUCCCCCCACCCACCCACCACUACAUCUGCAAAGCUGUUUGUCCAACACACUAAUGGACAAUCCAAAACUUUCACCUGCUAAACAGCAAAAAUAAUCCAAAUCAUUGAUGCCUGGACUUAAAGGGAUAAAUUCUGAGAAAUGUGGGCCUCAUUUCUCUGGAAUUUAGAAGGUUAUGGGUGAUCUGAUCAAAGUUUUCAGGAUAUUAAUAGGAAGCACCAGGUUGGAUAGAGAGAUACUGUUUCCAUUGGUUGAGGAUCCUAGAAUUAAGGGGCAUAGCCUGAGAAACAGGGCUAGACCGUUCAGGAGAGAUGUUAGGAUGCACUUCUACACACAAAGGGUGGUGGAGGUUUGGAACUCUUUUCCACAAACAGCAGAGGAUGCCAAAUCAAUUGUUAAUUUUAAAUCUGAGGAGUUUUUUUUGAAAUUGAGCAACAGUAUUAAAUGAUAUGGACCAAAGGCAGGUACGUGGAGACAGGCUACUGAUCAGCCAUGAUCUCAUUGAAUGGUAGAGCAGACUUGAGGGGUUGAAUGGCCUCCUCCUGUUCCUAUGGCCUUUGGUUACUGUCACAAACGUCAUUCCCUCACUGGUGAACCCAAAUCUGCUCCCUAUUCUCAGGUGGUUUUUGCAGCCAUCGUGUCCUAUUAACCCCACUGAGUUUCAGACCAGACAUUGUCACCAUCACCAAAAUCACUGACUUCAUCACAGCCACAUCACCUGACUUUAUCUUGCCCAUCAACCGAAACCCUUACCAAUUUCUUUCCUCCCUGGGACUCAGUAAUUCCUUCUGAUGACAAGCCUAAGCUCUGUAAUUCCUUUUUAUCCUCUUGAACUUUCCUUCCAUUAUGUCCCAUUUGAUCAUCUAUCUUAUAAUUUGCUUCAGGGUCAAGUGUUUGAACACAUUCCUGUAAGGUUUUUGGAAUGUUUUACUUUGUGAACGUUGCUAUGUAACUGCAACUAGUCAUCAUCAUGGCUCCCCUCCCUCCAUAAACAUCAGCUUAUCCAAACUGUGCUGUCUGUAGCUGACCUUGCAUCACGCGCAGUUCACCCAACACCCCUGUGCUCACUAACUUGCAUUGAAUCUAGAUUCCCAAGUAUGUUGAACUGAAACUCGAAAUUCCAUGCUCUUGCUUCCACCCAAUUCUAAACAGUUCCAGCCUUAGAACCUUCUAGAUGUUACCCUUCCAAUUCUGGUCUGCUCCCUGUUCCCAGUUUUCAUUGCUCUAUGCCUUCACCAGCUGGGUAUAAACCUCUGGGAUGAUCUCCCUCCAUUCCUCUGACAGUUUAACCCUCUUCAUCCUUUUCAGUGCACUUUAAAAUCCACGUCUUUGACCAAAGCUUUGCUCACCUGCCCUAAUAUGGCCAGCAAUUAUCAUUGUGAUCCUGUGAAGACAUUUCCUGCACAAAAUUACUGUCUGCACAAUUUUACUGCAAUGAGAGAAUGAUUCUCCCAGGAAUACAAGGCAAGUGAUCACUGGAUCAUAGAAGAGAACAUUAACAUUUCUGUUUAAAUACCUGGUUUGCCUGGUUCCUUCCUCAUUCCCUGGUCUCACUGUGAUUCCAGAGCCCAUCCUGUGAGCCAUAACCUGAAGUCUGGUCUUUGGGACUAUAUUUGGUAUGCACAGUGUGGUGUAAUUAAUUCCUGUGUUUAAGCAUUUUUCUCUCUCUUUGUCCUCAAAGGGGAAACAGCUUAAGACCAGUGACUGUUAUUGGUGGAACUUGAAUGUUUAUCUUUCCUCUGUCUUUUCUGUUCCUUUUGUUUCUGAAGACCUUGACCCACGUUGAGCUAGUUACUGGCUGCUGGGCAAGUAUUCCAGAGGCAAAGUAGUCUCCAAUGUUUGGUCUACAUCAUGGGGUUCAAUCACGUAGUGUGUGGGGAGAAUCACAGCCCCAUAGACUGAAAAACCAAUGUUCAGGCCAGAGUAAAGUUGUGUGGCAGUUGAAAUUGAAGUAAAAUAAAUAAAAUAAAGCACGUGUUCUCUU